UUUUGUCAAGACGAUUCGGUGAUCGGUGUAGACCUUUCACUGUUUUAGAACGUAAUGGCACUUUCAGAAAAAGAUGUCCAAGAUGCAUGCAAAGAACCGGACACAUCUACAAAAGACUUCAUAUUUCAGCAAACAAUGAUCAGAGUUAAAGACCCAAAGAAAUCGCUAGAAUUCUAUACAGGUGUCUUGGGCAUGAGAUUGCUGAAACGGAUUGAUAUGCCAUCUAUGAAGUUCACAGUUUAUUUCAUAGGCUAUGACCAGCCGGAAAAUAUUCCAACGGAUGAAAAUGAGAAAACUAUUUACUGCUUUAUGCAGAAAGCUACUCUGGAGCUGACACACAACUGGGGGACUGAAACUGACGAUUCAAAAUAUCACAAUGGAAACUCUGAUCCAAGAGGUUUUGGUCACAUUGGAAUUUCUGUGCCUGACGUGUACGAAGCUUGUGAAAGGUUUGAAAAAUUGGGUGUCCCAUUCAUCAAGACACCAGAUGGAGGAAAGAUGAAAGGUCUGGCAUUCAUUCAAGAUCCUGAUGGUUACUGGGUAGAGAUUCUAAGCCCUAAUAAUAUGGUUAAAAUUGUUUAAACACAGAAUUUUGGAAAAUAAUUAGGUAUGCAACAUCUGAUUUGUUGAUGUCUUUUUUCUGGACAUUGAAGAUGCCAGUAUCUUGGUAUUAAAUCCAAUAUGCAUUGAGGUGUCAUUCUGUUUUACAUGGUAUGGAUAUAUGGAGUGAAUAUGUUUUAGUUCCAUAACCAAUAUUCAACAUGCUUUAAGGUUGUUACAUUUAUCUAAUCAAGAAUAAACCGAUCUUCCUUAUGUUUCAAGUCUAAGAUUUUUUACUUCUCCAAAAUCAGAUAUUUCUCAACAAUGAUUAUAUACAUGUAUAUUUAAAUUUGUUUAUUUGAAAACUCUUUGUAUACUCAAAUGUGAAUAUGAUACAUUUUAUGUGAACUAUACAGCAAAUCUAAUAUGGUAUAUAAUAACUUAAAAGGUUUGGUACAGUUUGACUAUAUUAAGUCACACCAGAGUCAGUAUUUGCUUUUUAAAUAUAUAGUUUACAUUUUUCCAAUUAUAUUUAAAUUAUAUUGUACAUACUUUCUACAUGAUUGUUAGGUACCUCAGGCCUCUCCAUUUGGAAAUGGCAGCAGUUGUCCUUUGCUCUCUUGAUAAUAAUUCCAUGUAAAAAAUUUAAAACAAAGAGAAGUUUCAGAUAUUUAAAAAAUAAGCAUCACAACAGGCAUGUGUACAGGAAUUUUAGUAGAGGGAGUUAUGUUUAUAGAGGAGUCGAUUCAUGCUCUCCUGAAAAAUAUAUUAGAAAAAAUAAAUUUGCUUGAGCAGAAAGGGCUUUCGACCCCCAAAACCCUUCCUGUGUACACACAGCCUGCUAAAGUAAAAUGAUGACUUAUGAGACAAGAGAAAUCAACUGCUUGCUGUUCAUGGAGAGACUUUUACAUAAUUAUGUGGGUAAAACUGUACACUGCUAAUAAGCUUAGUAGAUAUGUGUGCAAAAUAAAAUGCCUUUGAUUUGUA